AUGCUUCUCAUUGGUCUCCCGCUUCUUCUACAAGUGCGAGUGCCCCUCAAGCAGAAGUUAAUCCUUGUUGUUAUCUUCGGCAUGGGCAUCUUCGUUAUCGUUGCGGCUAUCUUGAACAAAGUAUACUGUCUCGUGCCCGCUUUGAUCUCCUAUGUCUACAUGAAUUGGUACUUCCGCGAAGUUACAGUCGCCGUGCUAGUGACUAAUUUACCGCUGAUUUGGUCCCUCCUACGCGACGUUUUUCCCGCCCUCAAAAGUUGGACCGGCGGUUCGAAACGCGGAACAGACCGGUAUCGCUCUGGACCGUGGACCAGCAAGACAUCCGGAAAUCGGAAUUACGGACCUCCGAGUCACUUGCGCUCUGGCGAUUUCAAUAUGCAGAGCUUUAACCGAAGUACCGUCGAUGCGCAGCAGAAGGCCGUGUCGGACGUUAGUACGGAUGCGGCCGACGAUCGCGAUAUCAGUGACGACGGUUCCGACCGAGCCCUAAGAAUUCGACAAGAUGUGACGGUGACGGUGGAGCGCGAAACACGGCAGCCUGAAGAUUGGGAUUUUGGGCAUGUGAGGGACAAUUCUCUGCAUCAUACUCAUGAGCGUCAUGCGCAGCCGUGA